AUGACCAGCAACAGUAACAUUCCUCCUGUUAUUGCUGUUAGAAGGUCAAGUAGAUUAUUCAAGACUGCUACUGAAUUGGUUGGUCUUGUUGAAGCCAGUCUAGAGUCGGAUACAUUGAUCAUUACUGAACAUCCUGUCAAGCCUCGUCCUGCUUCUAAAUACUUGUUACGACGAACUAUUACAACUGACAUCAAUUGUCCUUCUGUUCCUUCUGGUCCUUCAAUCGCUACUACUGCUCUCGAUGUUCAAUUGUCUGACGAUACUGACUGCAAACUGACUCUUCCUCUUGCUGAUGAAUUCGAUACUUUAAGAAAACCUAAACGCUGUCCACACUUGAAAAAGAUGGUCAUGGUUCCAAAAAUACUCAAGGUUGCUCAGUCUAUGUAUAUCAAAGAUUCUGGAUGUCAUUCUUGCAAGUCCAAACUCAAGGCUGGAUCUGCUAAUCCCACUACUGACGUAUUGGUUCCACGUCAACGAGGUUUAUCUGCUCCUAUCAUGGCUUCUCGCGAUACUGCCAUUGGUCAGCUUGCUAGUGCUUCCAUCUCGGCUGUAAAUGUUCAAUCUCAAUUGGCUUCAAAUGAUAACGAUCCAUCCAUCGCCUUGUCGUGUGCUGUUAGCAUGAGUUCUCCGUUGGUGGGAUUUUCUGCUCGUCAGUUGUGGAUUUGUCUAUGUUGUGCCAAACUCAGUUGUGGUAGCGAAACUCAAGACCAUGUUCGCGCUCACGCUAUAAAGCGUCAACAUCAUCUUGUAAUGAAUACCGAUUCAUACGAUUGUUGGUGUUUUGCCUGUAGCUGUGAUAUUAUUGGUCAACCCAAUGCCAACAAAGUGAUUCUAGAGGCUCGUCGCAUCCUAGAAAAACACCGUAGACCGCCGCGACUUUUACCAUUGGAAUCAAUCGCUUCUCCUUUUUCAUCUACAGGUGAGGCUACUCACGCUUCAACUGCAAAAAAGUUACGCUCUACCGCUCUCAAAAUACCAGGACUCAACAAUAUCGGCAAUACAUGCUUUUUCAAUUCUGUCAUGCAGUCCUUGACAUAUACACAGCAUCUUUACAAGUAUAUCCCGGAAUCAGAGUCUUUUCAAACCAAUUCCUCAACAGGCUCGCCUAUUGUAAACAUGGAGCUUUCCUUGUCACAAAAUACCUCUCUACAUAAUACACAUCAAUCAGCCUCGCAGUCAUCUGAUCAUGUCAAUUCUGAUCUCCCAAAUCAGAAUGAUCCUGUACACAUAGCCAGCAAUGCGUCUGUUUGUAAACUAGAUUUACCCUUGGUUGAACCAAAUGAUCCUGCUGCACAAACUUCAAUCGUUUCAAACACAUCACUACCUAAACUUGUAAUUUCACACAAAACUACGCUAACAAACGAGCUUUUUCGAUUUUUUAGAACUAUGCGAAAACAGCUUUUAGCUGAAAGUUCAAGUUCUGUCAAUCCCCGCAAUCUGUUUGCCGAAAUCUCUAGACAGUGGGACAGCUAUUCGUCCUAUCAGCAACAGGAUAGUCACGAGCUUUUAAGGCGAUUACUGGAUGGUAUCAAGGAAGAACAGUAUGCUAAGGACAACAACGAAAGAGUCAUUUCAUUUCAACAAAAAACGUUCAUAGAUGAUGUGUUUGGAGGUCGUAUGGCAAGCAUUAUUGUAUGCGAUACCUGUAAACAUCCUUCUUUUUCGUUUGAAAGUUUUCUGGAUGUAUCCCUUUCCAUUAUAAAGCCAAUGGAACGACGUGCCAGUAUGCGCAAUUUUUUAAGCACUGUAAUCAAGCCAAGAAGUCGGCUUCCAAGUCCCAUCUCAUCAAAACGUGAACUACUGCCACAGCCUGUUUUAAAAACCUCUGAUGCUGUAAGCUCCAAUGGAUCAGAUGACGAGUCUAUAGAUAAGGCGGCUGAAAAGACAUUAACAGACAACGCGAAUCGUAGCAUUAUUACAAAGGGGUUAGAACUUCUUCGACUAUCUCCAAGACGCGGGCCUAUCAAUAAUCCUGUUUACACUACUAUUCCUAGUCCAACUCCACUGUCAUCACCCAAUACAUUGUCUGCACAACCUUUUUUUGAAGAAUUGGCGUCUUUUGAUCUGGCUACCAACCAAUUAUCCAAAUCUCCUCCUUCCAGCUCAACUACCUCUCCAUCUUCCAAACUUCAGCAGGUGGAUCCUAUAUCACUUCCACCUACUGAAGCACAAUGUAUUGCAACAAUGCAGUCUCUGUUGAAAUCACUUGACCCGAGUGAUUUGGGCCUUCAGUUUGAGCGCGCCAAAACAAAGUCGUUUGGAAGUACCUCGAGUAAUGCCAAUAUUGCCGCAUCACUUUCACGAUGCUUGACUGAUUUUAUGUCUGUAGAAACACUCGAAGGUGAAAACGGGUUGCAUUGUGAUAAUUGCUACAAGCUCAAAUACGGUAAUGAGGAAGAUCAGCCUUCAUCGUGUUCUUCAGAAGCUGUUCGACCUACAUCCAUUGAGGUGUCAGCAGCAACAAAAAAUAAUGAACUACCCAGUUUAUUUUGGACUGCCUCGACUCCGGGCCGAAUUCAACACAGCAGUUUUAACCAACUGUUGCCUCAAUCACAAGAUACCCCAUUGGUACAGGAUUUUCCAGCAGCAGCUUUACUACCCGUUGCAAAGCAGUCUACGAAUCAGAGCUCAAAGUACGAUGAAGAUAGCGAUGACUGUUUAGCCCUGAUGGCUGAUUCUCCUAAACUUCCAGAUCAUCCUAUCGAGUCUGUACAAUCUGAAACAGAACUUCAAGACGAUAUGGAAGACCACGAAGAUGAAUCCACUUCAUCAUCAAGCGAUCUUGAUUUUGAGAUUCAUAAUGUGAGUCUUACCAUUCCCGUAGAAGAAUUUAAACCCUCCGUGACAAAACCUACAACCCAAACUAAAAAACAUCCGCCUUGUAUAUCUCGAGCGUACAAACGGUUUCUGCUUUACGAUGCGCCACAAACUCUCGUAUUGCAUUUAAAACGGUUUGAACAAAUUGGUAACACGGAACGUACACGAAAACUUGAUUUGAUGGUUCCGUUUGAAGAGUGGUUGAAUCUGGAUAGUGUGAUGACACCUCCUGAAGUGUGCGAAACCCCACCCAAACAGAAAGGUACGUCUCAGAAAAACAGAGAGGGUGAUUCGAAUGGAUCACAAUUUGAACAGGUAGCAGAUGUAUCGAGUCAUCAUGGAGAUGGUCAUGUUACUCUCUCGGUACAUCCAUCCAGCGCUACACAGUCUAUGUUGAACCCAUCGCCUGUACUCACUUUGGCUCAUCAAGAUGCAUUGUCCCCUGUACCCACUCGUCGUCAGGGUGGAUGGUACCGUCUUUAUGCUGUAGUCGUUCAUUCUGGUAGUAUUUUUGGCGGUCAUUACGUGUCCUAUGUUCGUGUUCCUCCACUUGAACGUAUCGUGGCAUUUGGUGCAGAUACGUGCCAAGUGGAUCGAUGUUCCACACAUGAUACAUGGGCGUUUUGUAGCGAUAGUGCCGUUCGCUAUGCCACACUCGACGAAGUAUUGAAAUGUCAGGCUUAUAUUUUGUUUUACGAGCGGACAAGUUUGUAA